AUGGCGUGGUGGUGCCGGGAUCCAGCGAUGGGCGCGAAUUGGGAUGUGGUGCUUUACGGGGUCAAGAUCGCAGUCCAGGGCAAAAUUUCUGCGGAGUUGUGCAGCGAAGAGGACCGCACUGCUGAGGGCUCCGUUUGGUUCUGGUGGACGAGUGGGCCGAGAGUCGCCAUUCUGGGCCGUCGCCAGCCAAUGCGAGCGCCAUCCACAGCCCCGAUGUGA